UGGGUUUCUGGCUAACGGAUUCAUGAGGUUGGGCACUGCUAUUUAACAUGGAAAAAUGGAGCGGCCUGCGCUACAUACACUCGAAUGAAGAGCGGGACGAAGACUAUUUGCAGAGAAUGUCUGUGUGCCUUAGUAUUGAUAUAUCGGAGAUGAUAGAAAAUCGCGUCAACAGUUUUGGCAAAAUCUUUGCAACUCAUCAAGAGCAUCGGAAACCUGGCGGAGGUCUAUUUGGAUCUAUAAAGGACAAAUACAGUCGAGAAAGUAGCUUGUCUUUUACGGUUCCAAAUAAAUUUUUUGCCAGAAAACGCUCUGGAUUAGACAGAUAUCGCAGAGGGCUGCCAAUUCCGCAUGGCUUGAAUCCAGAUUCAAAUAGUCGAAAGGAUAUCUACAAGCCCGAACGCUAUACGAGAUGUACUGAGAGACGUAUGAGUGCAGUGCCGCCCAGGCCUAACGUCAUGGAACCUUACGAAUGCCCAAACCAACUGAGCUUCGAUCCCUAUGAGCAACACUACAAACCUACAAGCUAUAACCAAAUUUAUGCCGAUCCUGAAUGGGAAUAUUUUCCGGAAUGGGACUAUCGAAAUAUGAAGCGCUAUGGCACUCUGGAAAACUCGAAAUUAUCCAACUCGUUCUUUAAAUGCGAAUUUCCCAAUAAACUCCACGAUAGAUUUCACACCUCACACCCUUCUGAGUAUCAAGAUUACGCCGUAACCAAACCAAACAGUAUAGAUAGGUCAAGACUCAGACAACCUUCUGGCUAUGCGAAUACUGAGUAUUUGGAGGUUCCUUAUCAUAAUCAGCGUGACUGCUAUACAGACUAUAGUCCAAAUGUAAAAUAUUCGCCAGACUACGACUCAGAGUGGAAGUACAAUCCGAUACCAAACAUAAGGAGUAACUAUUAUCCAGAGCCCGCAUUAAGCUAUGACUACGAUUACGAUUACAAGCCCGAGAUGUAUCGAAGGUCGCCUUAUCAGAAGAAAUCUGUGGAUUUCCUUGGCAUCGACUGUGAGAUACCCUACAAUAUACUAAAAACUAAGCGAAAUAUGUUCCGUACACAGAGACAAAACUACGAAUAUCCAGAAAGCUUUGAGCUACUCUCUGUUGAUAUUCCCUUUAAGGAAACGAUGCCAAAUCAUAUACCGAACUUUGAUUCUGAUUAUGAUUGUAGUCGCUCCGAGUCCGGCUAUGAUUACUAUUCCGCGGCCAACCCGAGGUGGCGAAAUGUAGGUUAUGAUUCGGAUUUGAUGCAUUCCAAUUCGAUGUGCCGCAGUUCCACAAAUUACUGUAGGCCGCAACGCAAACACCAUAAGUCAGUAAAAGAAAAAAUAUCUGGCUUCUUUAAACGGUCCAAGUCCAAGCCUAGAAUGCAAAGCAGAGCUAAGCACCGACCCGAUGGCAAGGAGCAGCGAUCUGCUUCGAAUUUCAAUAACGUUAUAAGUCGUAAGACCGGUCUGUUCAAGUCCGGGAGUAACACAUCCUGUAUAACUUCGAACUCUAAGGGUCCGAGAUGCUUUCAGAGAAAACCUAGUUACUGCUUUACCUCGAUUAGGAAGAAAACCAGAUGCAACGUCUACCCAACGGUAUACAGAGUAACGCGCGGAAAGGUAAAUUGCACAGAUGUUGAUUCUGCGAACAAUGACCAUACUAAAAGCUGCUGUGACUAUUAUAGGAAACCGGAGUGUGUGCUGCCUUCCGAGCCAAUUACGGCUAUUUCGAGAGAGACAGGCUUUUCGUGCGCAGCCAAAGAAAAGGCUAGUCACAGCUCUUACGGCUGCCACAAUCGGAGCGAACACAUCGAUGCCUGUGCGAAUCCUAAUCAGAAUCGGAAUGUGAAUUCAGAAUUCUUUGAAGACAAUCAAAGUAUUGCUGGCGCUACAAUGGUAUGCUGUCACAAGACUUCUGUAAGCCACAAGAAAAAUAACGGACCAGACCUCUCGUGUGCAGCCGUUAAGCCUCGGGCGUCCUGCUGCAGCUUAAAUUUGGCUCCUCCAAAAUUGUCGUGCAGCAAACAACACCUAAUAUCGGCAGAGCCAAAAUGUUUCGCCUCCGAACACAAAGUCUCUUUUGCUCAGCUGCAUUCGGAGCAGCCACAGAAAUGCGCUCCUCCUGAUCGUAAUGUUUCGUGUACUCACUUGCAUUCGGACAGCCAGAGUAAAAAAUGUACUUCAACAAUUCCAGAGCCUUCGCUUUGCAUGGACGAGCUGCUGGCAUAUCCAUAUCAAAUAGCAGCGAAAAGAAAUCAUCAAGAAAACGACUAUUUCAGCGUUCGCAACAAUCAGUGCACAAUUUCGCCUGUACCAGAACUCAAUUCAUCUACAACCUGCACUCCAGAAGUCCCCCCACUCCCAGCGUGUAAAUGCAGUGAGCAAAAUAUAACUUCGUUUAAGAACGUAUGUAAAAGGGAUUCCUGUCAAGAGCUGGCACCGCCAACAGCCUGCGCUGAGCCAUGUUCGAUGCCAACUAAACUGGAGCCAGUUCGAGUCUGCUCCAAAUCCCAAUUGAGUAGACAAGCAGUAAUCGGUAAUUGCGCUCAGCCUAAGAAUGAUGCGCCUUCAUGUCUGGAAGAAUUGAAACGGGAACUCUUAGCUGAAUUGGAAAGGGAACAGCGUAUGAAUGCCCAAUCGCCAUGUCAGAAUCCGACGCCACACGUCGUGGUAUUCCCCACUCCGCCAGCCAAUCGAGUCUGCCCCGUCUGCCCGCCGCCAACUUCGCGUGGCUGCUCCUACAUGAAGUGCUGGCGGCCGCUCUAGAGCCCAACUCAACAAAAAACAAAAAAAAAAUAAACAAUAUAUAAAU